GUCGGCGCCGAGGCCGCCGCCCGGAGAUGGGCAGGAUUUAGCUGUACUCGCCUGCUACAACGAUGGACAGCGAAGUGCAAAGGGAUGGCAGAAUCCUGGAUCUGAUCGAUGAUGCGUGGAGGGAAGAUAAAUUGCCGUACGAGGAUGUGGCUAUCCCUCUGAAUGAGCUUCCUGAACCAGAGCAAGACAAUGGUGGCACAACCGAGUCUGUGAAAGAGCAAGAAAUGAAGUGGACAGAUCUGGCUCUCCAGUAUCUCCAUGAAAAUGUUCCACCCACGGGAAACUAGUCAAUCAGUGAGAUCUCAUGCAGUGGAUGCAUGAAUGCAAUAUAAAAAAUAUUUUUCCACCGACCAUCGCUGUCAUAAGCUCCUCUAAGGACAAAACAAAGUUUCUGAAAAAGGCUCGGGUUCAAACAAUGGGUCUACUCACAGUGACCAAACACAGUUUAGAAUGCUUCUAUAAUGAGUGUGAAAUAACAACGGCUAUCUGAUACCUCAGAGCUAAUAUCAGAAUGUUUCUCUUAUGUAAAAUUAUUUCAUACCUUCCGUUAAACUGUUCUUAAGUUGGCACCAAUUAUGAUCUUAAAUGUUUUCUACAUGUGAUUAAAGAUGUAGUUUUUACUGUC